CCUUCCGCCUGGCAUGUGAAGUCACAAGUUACGAAAUCAGAACUCCAAACAACCCGUUGUCACGACUUCUAUUCCAUGACGUCCCAGCAAAUGGGGCUUGACACAUUCUGCAGCCCGGACGGUUCCGACCAGUUCUGGGAUUGGGACCGCUCAUGGAAUACUACAAACCCAGACUUCACUCAGUGCUUCCAGAACACUGUCCUGGUAUGGUUGCCAUGCAUCUACCUCUGGCUGUGCGCCCCACUCUACCUCAUCUACCUCCGCAGCCACAAUCGAGGUUACAUAUGUAUGAGUCACCUUAACAAAGCCAAAACUGCUUUUGGCUUCCUUCUGUGGAUUAUCUGCUGGGCAGAUGUUUUCUAUUCUUUCUGGGAAAGAAAUUCCGGCAGUGAAGUUCCUGCGCCGGUCCACCUAGUCAGUCCAACCAUACUGGGCUUUACCAUGUUGCUGGCCACUCUGAUAAUUCAGUAUGAGCGAAUGAAAGGGGUCCAAUCGUCUGGAGUAUUGCUAGUUUUCUGGCUGUUGGCCUUGCUAUGUGCCACAAUCACCUUUCGGUCCAAGAUCCUCCAAGCACUGAACCAGCCAUCAACAAUUUCUGUAUGGAGGCACACCACCUUUUUUGUCUACUACACCUUUCUGCUGAUUUCACUGAUUUUGUCCUGCUUGUCAGAUCAACCGCCACUCUUCUCCCAGGUUGUCAAAGAUCCUAAUCCUUGCCCUGAACCUGGAGCCUCUUUCCUUUCCCAAAUAACAUUCUGGUGGAUCACCAGGAUGAUGAUGAAUGGCUACAAGCAUCCUCUAGAAGAGAAACACUUGUGGUCUCUGAACUCUGAGGACCGCUCACAGAAAGUGGUACCAAGGCUGGUUCAGCGCUGGACUGCAGAUUGUCAGAAAGGAAAAAGAACAGAACAGAAGACAUUGUACUCUCCCAAGCGGGCCCAUAACACAAACAACAAGGAGAGUCCAGCUGCGGAGGAGUCUGAAAUCUUACUCGUAAAAACCACAAAAAGAAAAGAGCCUUCCCUGCUGUGGGCUCUGUGCCAGGCCUUUGGGCCAUACUUCCUCAUAUCAUGCUUGUACAAGUUAAUCCAAGACAUCCUCAUGUUUGUUGGACCUGAGAUACUUCGCCGUCUGAUCCAAUUUGUGAACAACUCCAGUGCCCCCACCUGGCAUGGCUAUUUCUACACAGUCCUACUUUUCCUAUGCACAUGUGUGCAGUCACUCAUUCUCCAGAGGUAUUUUCACGUCUGCUUCAUCACAGGUAUGCGCCUGCGCACUGCAAUCGUUGGAGCAGUCUAUAGGAAGGCCUUGGUCAUCAGCAGUGAGGCCCGGCGCAAGUCCACAGUUGGAGAGAUUGUCAACUUGAUGUCAGUGGACGCUCAGCGCUUUAUGGAUCUCAUCGCUUAUAUUAAUAUGGUAUGGUCCGCCCCACUGCAGGUGGUGUUGGCCUUGUAUUUUCUCUGGCAGAACUUGGGCCCGUCUGUUCUGGCUGGAGUAGCCGUUAUGAUUCUAAUGGUUCCAGUCAAUGCUUUCAUCGCCAUGAAAACCAAAACCUACCAGGUAGCUCAGAUGAAGAGUAAAGACAGUCGCAUUAAGCUGAUGAAUGAGAUGCUGAAUGGUAUCAAGGUACUGAAGCUGUAUGCUUGGGAGCUUGCCUUCCAGGGCAAAGUAUCAGAUAUCCGAGAACGCGAGCUACAGGUACUGAAGAAGGCUGCUUACCUUGGGGCAGUUUCUACCUUCACUUGGGUCUGUGCACCCUUUUUGGUUGCACUGUCCACGUUCGCAGUGUAUGUGCUGGUUGAUGAAAAAAAUGUGCUUGAUGCCCAGAAGGCCUUUGUUUCGCUUGCACUCUUCAACAUCUUGCGUUUUCCUCUCAACAUGUUGCCUAUGGUCAUCAGUAGUAUGGUUCAGGCGAGUGUCUCCCUGAAGCGGCUGAGAGUGUUUUUGUCACAUGAAGAGCUACAGGAAGACAGUGUCAUACGCAAAGCAGUAAUAGGCUCCUCAAACAGUAUAUCCAUAGUGGACGGAGUUUUCAGCUGGUCGAAAAACGAACCACCGACACUAAAGAUGCUCAAUGUGUGUAUCCCAGACGGCUCCUUGGUAGCUGUUGUUGGGCUCGUUGGGUCUGGAAAGUCUUCUCUUCUGUCGGCCCUGCUUGGAGAAAUGGAAAAACUUGAAGGAAGUGUGACUGUCAAGGGCUCAGUGGCCUAUGUUCCCCAGCAGGCUUGGAUACAGAAUUCAACACUGAAGGAAAACAUCAUAUUCGGCCAGGAUAUGAGUGAAGCCUGGUAUAAGCGUGUGGUGGCUGCAUGUGCCCUUCAGCCUGACAUUGAGAUCCUUCCUGCUGGAGAUUCCACAGAGAUUGGAGAAAAGGGUGUCAAUCUUUCUGGUGGUCAAAAGCAGAGGGUAAGCCUCGCCAGGGCUGUCUACUGCGACCGCACUGUCUACCUCCUGGAUGAUCCACUGUCUGCUGUUGAUGCUCAUGUAGGAAAACACAUAUUUGACCAUGUCAUUGGUCCACAGGGCUUGCUGAAGGACAAAACCCGUGUACUGGUGACACAUGGGCUGAGUUAUUUGCCGCAUGUUGACCUCAUCCUGGUCAUGGUGAAUGGAGAAAUAACAGAAAUUGGCUCAUACCAACAACUCAUGGCCACUGAGGGCGCUUUUUCGGAGUUCCUCCAUACAUACGCUGGAGUCGACCAUUCAGACAACAACGAUUUAGAAUCCAAGACAAAAAUGUUAAACAAAGGAAAGGAGAAUGGCAGUGUGACUGGUCUUUCAAAUCCUAGUCAGAGCGGCAGUACUUCCAAAAAGUCUCAGUCAGUUGAAGAGAAAGAGGAGCUGGACAAAAAGGCUAAGAACACUGAUGCAGGCAAGCUAACAGUGGGUGACAAGGCCAGCACAGGAAGGGUCAAGCUUUCUGUGUUUUGGGCCUAUUUGAAAGCAGUAGGUAUACUACUCUCCUGCCUCGGUAUACUGCUGUUUUUCGCCCAUAAUGUUCUUUCUUUGCUCUCUAAUUACUGGCUGAGUCUUUGGACUGAUGACCCAGUAAUUAAUGGUACUCAGCCUAAGAGACAGCUGAGAUUGGGGGUAUAUGGUGCUCUUGGCCUGUCACAAGGGAUGGCAGUCUUUGGUUACUCCCUAUCGAUGUCCAUUGGUGGCAUCCUGGCAUCUCGAUGCCUACAUCAAUCCAUGCUUUAUGACGUCCUCCGCUCACCCAUGGCUUUCUUUGAGCGAACCCCCAGUGGUAACCUUGUCAACCGCUUUGCCAAGGAGAUGGACACCAUCGAUACAGUGAUCCCCAGUAUUCUUAAAAUGUUCAUGGGAUCCUUGUUCAAUGUGAUAGGUUCUUGUAUUGUGAUCUUGAUUGCUACACCAUACGUAGCGAUCAUAAUUCCCUUUCUUGGUCUUCUCUACUUUUUUGUACAGAGAUUUUAUGUUGCAUCAUCACGGCAAUUGAAGCGACUGGAGUCUGUCAGCCGUUCACCUAUCUACACCCACUUUAAUGAAACGCUACUGGGCACAUCUGUCAUAAGAGCUUUUGGUGAACAGGAACGCUUUAUACGGGAGAGUGAUCGUAGGGUUGACCAUAACCAGAAGGCCUACUAUCCCAGCAUUGUAGCAAACAGGUGGCUGGCAAUACGUCUAGAGUUUGUUGGCAACUGCAUUGUGUCAUCUGCUGCUUUGUUCGCCGUCAUAGCCAGAGAGAACCUGAGUCCUGGUAUAAUGGGUUUAGCGAUCUCCUAUGCCCUUCAGUUGACAGCCUCUUUAACCUGGCUGGUAAGAAUGUCCUCUGAUGUGGAAACAAACAUUGUUGCAGUGGAGCGAGUAAAGGAGUACAGUGACACAGAAAAAGAGGCUGAGUGGAAGCAGGAGGCCUCCAGCAUUUCCCCUCAGUGGCCAACUGAAGGGUGCAUUGAAUUUAGAAACUUCGGCCUACGAUACCGUCAUGAUCUAGACCUGGCCAUCAGCAACAUCACUGUUAACAUUUCGGGAGGAGAAAAGGUGGGGAUUGUUGGUCGAACGGGAGCAGGCAAAUCAUCUCUAACACUGGGCCUGUUCAGGAUUAUCGAGGCAGCUGAAGGACAAAUUUUAAUUGAUGGAAUAAACAUUGCGAAACUUGGCCUCCAUGAGCUCCGCUCCAGAAUUACCAUCAUACCACAGGACCCAGUCUUGUUUUCAGGCACUCUAAGGAUGAACUUGGAUCCAUUUGAAAGCUACUCCGAUGAGGACAUAUGGAGGUCUUUGGAGUUCUCUCAUCUCAAGAAUUUUGUGUCAGGCCUACCGGACAAACUCAACCAUGAAUGUAGUGAAGGUGGAGAGAACCUCAGUGUGGGCCAGCGCCAGCUGCUAUGUCUGGCCAGAGCUCUGCUGAGAAAGACCAAGAUCCUUGUUUUAGAUGAGGCCACAGCGGCUGUAGAUAUGGAGACUGACAACCUCAUCCAGACAACCAUCCGCUCUCAGUUUGAGGAUUGCACUGUCCUUACCAUCGCUCAUCGACUGAACACUAUCAUGGAUUACACAAGAGUGCUGGUUUUGGAAAGAGGAAAAAUGAUUGAAUUUGAUUCCCCAUCCAAUCUCCUAGCUCAAAAGGGAGCCUUCUUCAAGAUGGCCAAGGAUUCUGGGCUGGCCUGAAGCUUUGUCAUGAUAGUCCUCCCAAACUGCGAGGGUUGAUUUUGAAGGAGUAAUACAGGUGGCCCAGCACUUGUCCCGUUCACAAUGGGUUCGGUGUUUUCAUGUCCACACCAACCUUCCCGAAUUGAACUACUAGUUAACUGCCUUUUCUAAGUAAAUAUGCUUCUUGUUUACUCUAUAUUGUUAGGGGCUCAUGUCGUUCCAGCAGAGGAACGGGAAGCAUUUAUGUAGCUUUUAUUUAGACACCUGUGGAUAGAAGUAAGGUCAAUUGUGAUCAGCUUUUCUCAAUUACCAAGUGUUUUGUUUUAUCCUGUUUUUCAACGUGUAGUGAUUUGACAUAAUUACACUUGGUCCCAUGCACUAUUUCUUACAGUGGGGAGAACUAGUAUUUGAUACACUGCCGAUUUUGCUGGUUUUCCCACUUGCAAAGCAUAUAGAGGUCUGUAAUUUGUAUUAUAAGUUCUCUUCAACUGUGAGAGACGGAAUCUAAUACAAAAAAACAGAAAAUCACGUUGUAUGAUUUUUAAAUAAUAAAUUUGCAUUUAAUUGCAUGAAAUAAGUAUUUGAUACAUCACAAAAAUUGAACUUAAUAUUUGGUACAGAAACCUUUGUUUGCUAUUACAGAUACCAAACGUUUCCUGUAGUCCUUGACAAGGUUUGCACACACUGCAGCAGGCAUUUUGGCCCACUCCUCCAUGCAGAUCUUCUCCAGAGCCUUCAGGUUUCAGGGCUGCUGCCGGGCAACACGGACUUUCAGCUCCCUCCAUAGAUUUAGUAUCGGGUUCAGAUCUGGUGACUGAUUAGGCCACUCCUGGACCUUAAGAUGCUUCUUACGGAGCCACUCUUUAGUUGCCUUGGCUGUGUGCUUUGGGUCGUUGUCAUGCUGGAAGACCCAGCCACGACCCAUCUUCAGGGCUUUCACUGAAGGAAGGAGGUUGUCAGCCGAGAUCUGGCGAUACAUAGCCCCAUUCAUCCUCCCCUAAAUACGGUGCAGUCAUCCUGUACCCUUGGCAGAGAAGCAGCCCCAAAAAAAUGAUGUUUCCUCCUCCAUGUUUCACGGUUGGGAUGGUGUUCUUAGGGUUGUACUCAUCCUUCUUUUUCCUCCAAACACGACGAGCCGAGUUUAGACCAAAAAGUUCAAUUUUGGUCUCAUCCGACCACAUGACCUUCUCCCAUUGCUCCUCUGGAUCAUCCAGAUGGUCAGUGGCAAACUUCAGACGUGUCUGGACAUGCACUGGCUUCAGCAGCGGGACCUUGCGUGCACUGUAGGAUUUUAAUCCAUGAAGGCGUAAUGUGUUUCCGAUGUUUUUUUUUUUCGAGACUGUGGUUCCAGCUCUCUUCAGGUCAUUGACCAGGUCCUGCCGUGUAGUUCUGGGCUGAUCCCUCACCUUCCUCAUGAUCACUGAUGCCCCACGAGGUGAGAUCUUGCAUGGAGCCCCAGAACGAGGCAGGUUGACCGUCAACUUCUUCCAUUUUCUAAUAAUCGCUCCAACAGUUGUUACCUUCUCACCAAGCUGCUUGCUUAUUUUCCUGUAGCCCAUCCCAACCUUUUGCAGGUCUAUUAUUUUAUCCCUGAUGUCCUUACACAGCUCUUUGGUCUUGGCCAUUGUGGAGAGGUUGGAGUUUGUUUGUUUGAGCAUGUGAACAGGUGUCUUUUGUACAGGUAACAAGUUCAACCAGGUGCAGUUACUUCCGGUAAUAAGUGGAGAACAGGAGGUGUUCUUAAAAAAGAACUAAGAGCCGAAAUAUUUACUAGUUGGAAAUGUAUCAAAUACUUAUUUCAUGCAGUUAAAUACAAAUUUAUUAUUUAAAAACUAUACAAUGUUAUUUUCUGGAUUUUUGUAUUAGAUUCCGUCCCUCACAGUUGAAGAGAAUUUAUGAUACAAAUUACAGACCUCUACAUGGCUUGCAAGUGGGAAAACCAGCAAAAUCGGCAGUGUACCAAAUACUUGUUCUCCCCACUGUAAGUAAAUAUACGUGCAACCAAUCGGAAAACAUUUAGCUGAUAAGAAAUAUACUAGUUUGAAGACAAAAACAUAGUAAUGUUAAACUACAAUCAUCAACUGUUUCCAAUGUUGACGAAUUAUGUUGCAGGAGUCAGCAGGGUAUUAUUUUCGCCAAAAUGAAAUGUUUGCUGUUUUGAAUGCUAUUUGAUUCGGGUGGACAGGCUAAUGUUUUCCCAUUUGUGACAGAAAAGUCUGCUGAUCAAAGACCAGCAAUGUUUCUGACUUAAUACAGUGGCUGGUUAGUGUAAAACCUUAAACGCACAAGUUCGAGGGGUCUGUUGGACAGAUUCCCUUUUGCUGUCACUUUACAUGCUGCAUUGUUUAUUUAUUGUGUGUGUUUUGUUCAUUUUCUCUCUUCAGCAGCUUUAAAUUCAUGUUUAUAUCAGCUACUCAAGUAGAUUAUUUUAUGCUCUUACAGAGCUGAAUUGAUUUGAUCAGUCAUUGAUUCUUGGGCAAAAAUGCAACUGUAGGAUUGGGACUGAUUCAUUAGAUUCAUAAUUUAAUUUUUGAAGACAUGUUUUUGAUUACUUCUGCACAUGUUUCGUAAGUGCGCAUUUUUAGAAAAUGUACAGCAUAUGGCUUUAUUUUGUUGCUUGAAAAAAUUCUUUGACCUAAGAUACCACUCCAAAAAUAUGUUUGUCCGUUGGGAGCUUUGUGUACGUUCAAAAUAUGCGUGUAUGAAUUGUGUUUUAAAUAAAAACAUCUUUAAUUUGAUGCCCACAAAAAGUGAAUCCAGCUUGGGAAUUCAGUACAAAUAACACCAGCGGAUGCUUAAAUGUGACCAAUUUUCGCUUUUCAAAAUCUUGUUAGAUAAAAUGGUAUUAUAUGUAUGAUUUCAAUGACGCUUAGCCUAACUAAGAAUGUCGCUUAUGGGAGUUUGGAGUCCCUCAUAUAAUAGAGCCUUAUACCCAUUUAAUUUUAUCUGAGUGCAUGGGAGUGUAACGUUAUCUACCUUAACCAUGAUGCACUUUGGCCGUAAAAUAGCUUAAAUUGGGCAGAGCGUCUCUGGUAACAAAACGCAUUUGCCAAUACAGUAUCUGAGUGUGCUUGUAGUGUAUUGAUUUGUGUGUUGUUCAUUUUUAUUGGCCAAAAUUAAGGUUGUAUUUUCUGAAGAAUGUUUAUUAAGCCUGUGGAGAUGAAAGAAAGUGCGUUUUGUUUUGUUGUCGCAACACAAAGUAAAUAGUUUUUUCUGUAUUUGUUAAUAUGUUCAUUAUUAGUUUUGAAUAAAUGCAGUUUAUAUACAAAAUAUACUUUUGUGAUUUCU